UGAUCAGUGUUUCAGUGUUUUAUUUAACGAAACUAUAACAAAAUGUAAUAAAUUUUAAAUUUAAAGCCACAGACGUGUGAAUUUUAAUAACUUUUUAAUUAAGCAAAUUUUAAAACUAGUUUAUAAAUAAAAAUAAGUUUGUAAAAAGUAAAAAACUGAAAAUGAAUCUACUUUCAUUGAAGCUACAUCGGCGACUAUCACCAAGAGCGUUCGCUUUAACUGCAGUGUUAUUAACAAUUUUAUUAUGUGUUUAUUAUUCGGGUUUUACUCAAGACAUUCGACAGGGACCAUCACCUUCGGGAUCUUCAUCUCGAUCCGCGGCUGGUUUAGUUGACGAUCAACAUGAUCGUAUUGUGAGAACUGCUGUGCGUAAUAGUUUAAUAUCACAGGAUACAUCACUUGCAACCUGCCCUCGAUUAGGAAUUGAAGAGACUGAGAUUGAUACGUUAAAAGUUUUUAGGAAAUUUGACUUUCAGCCUGCAUGGGUGAAAAAUAAGGAAUACUGGGAUAAAACAUUUGAAGAUCGAUGGAUGCAACUUGCAGCUGAUAAGGCGAGAAUUCAGAAGUUCCCAUUAAAAGUAAUAAUCGUUCCACAUUCACAUAACGAUCCAGGAUGGUUACGAACAUACGAACAAUAUUUUUAUUAUGAAUCAAAAGACAUUUUAAAUAAUAUGAUAAAAAAAUUAAAUCAACAUCCAAACAUGACAUUCAUAUGGUCAGAAAUAUCAUUUUUAAGUAUGUGGUGGGAUCAAGCACAUCCAACAAAACGAAAAGCUUUUAAGAAAUUGAUUGAUGAAGGUCGUAUUGAGAUUACAACUGGUGGAUGGGUGAUGACUGAUGAGGCCACUAGUCAUAUUUAUGCUAUGGUCGAUCAACUUAUAGAAGGUCAUCAAUGGCUCCAAACAAAAUUAAAUUACAAACCAAAAACCGGAUGGUCAAUAGAUCCAUUUGGUCAUGGCAGCACAGUACCAUAUUUAUUAUCCGUAUCUGGUAUAACUGGUACAAUUAUACAACGUAUACAUUAUGCAUGGAAACAAUGGCUUGCAAAGAAUCAAUAUGGUGAUUUCUUAUGGGUACCACAAUGGAAAUCACAUACAUCAAUUAAUGAACGCGGUUCAAUUUUAACACAUAAUCAACCGUUUGAUAUAUAUUCAAUAAAACAUAGUUGUGGACCACAUCCAUUUAUCUGCUUACAUUUUGAUUUUCGUAAAUUAGCUGGCGAAUACACCGAACAAUCAGCGAAAGCUGUUGAAAUUGAUCAAAAUAAUGUUGAACGUAAAAGUAAAACAUUAUUAGCGCAAUAUUCACGUACAGGUUCACUUUUUCCACACAACGUUGUGCUAAUGCCUUUAGGAGACGAUUUCCGUUACAAUAAUGAAAUUGAAUGGGAUCAACAAUAUACAAAUUAUAAAAAAAUCAUGGAUUUCAUUAAUACACAUUCGCAAAGUUUUGAUAAUGCUGAAAUUGUAUUUGGCACACCAAAAGAUUAUUUCGAAGAGAUUGCUAAACGUUAUACAAAAUAUCCAAAAUUGAAAGGUGAUUUCUUCGUAUAUUCGGAUAUAUUCUCAGAAGGACGUCCUGCCUACUGGUCUGGAUAUUAUACAACACGACCAUUUGUCAAAUUAUUAGAUCGACAAUUAGAACAUAAUUUACGUAAUGCAGAAAUUUUAUUUACAAUUGCGCUUAAUAAGGCAAAAGAACAUCAUAAAUCCGUGAAAAUAUUCGAUCGAAAAUAUGAGAAAUUGAUAAAAGCCCGACGUAAUUUAGGAUUAUUCCAACAUCAUGAUGCAAUCACUGGUACAAGCAAAUUUAAUGUAAUGAAAGAUUACAGUCAGAAAUUAUUUGAAAGUAUUCAGGAUACUAUGACAUUACAGCAAGAUGCAAUACAAUCGUUACUUUCAAAUGAUAUUGGUUUACCACCAACGGGAGCUAGUGAUUCAACAAAAUUUGUAAUACUUAGUAAUUUAGAAUACGAAUCAAACGACCGACCUCCACGAAUGGUACCAAUUGCUUUGGAUACAAAUACAAAAUAUAUUGUGUUAUUUAAUUCGUUAGGUCAACAUUUGGAUCGGGUAGUGACACUAAAAACGACAACGGUUGACAUCAAAAUCACCGAUGCACAUCAUAAACCAAUUAUGUAUCAAAUCAAUCCUGUUUGGAAUGCUACUAGUCCACGAAAUUUACAUAUUAUUGAUAAUGAAUUCGAAGUAGUAUUUAUUGCAAAAUUACCAGCGUUUAGUCUAGUAACAUUCCUGAUUGAUUCAAAAAGUAUGAAUCCUGAUUUAAAAAAACGUUUAGCAACCAUUUAUUGCGAUGUUUGUAAUAAAGAUGAAAAGACUGAUAAGAAAAAUAAUAAUAUUUUUAAAAUUAAAUCUACUCAACCAGGUGAUAUUCAGUUAGAAACAUCAAAAUUACGAUUAUUAAUUGAUGGAACUUCUGGUUUUCUAAAAUCGGUUCAUCAAAAAGAUACACAACGUACAGUACAAUGUCAAUUACAAUUUUCUGCAUACCCAAGUGCCCAAUUUCACUCAGGUGCAUAUUUAUUUAUGCCAGAUCCAAAUUCAGCAGAUACAGAAAAGGAUGUUUUAGGUCAAUACACUAAUGAUAAAACAAUCAUAAUUACAUCUGGUCCCGUUUCAAGUGAAUUAUCUGUAAUGUAUGGGCCAUUUUUAAUCCAUACAAUACGUAUUUAUCAUAACCACGAUUCAAUAUUAUCGUCUGGAAUUUAUAUUGAAAACGAGGUCGAUUUUGAAAAACCACCGAAGAAUCGUGAAACUGAAUUCUUUAUGCGUAUCGUAUCCGAUAUACAAAACAAUGAACCACCGGAAUUUUAUUCCGAUUUAAAUGGAUUCCAAAUGCAAAAACGUGUGAAAGUACAACAAAUUGGUAUCGAAGGUAAUUACUUCCCAAUUACAACAAUGGCAUACAUUGAGGACGAGUCUAUGCGAUUAAGUUUAUUGACAAAUCAUGCACAAGGGGCUGCUAGUUGGCAACAAGGAAACCUGGAAGUUAUGUUAGAACGUCGAAGUUUAUAUGAUGACAUGCGUGGUAUGGGAGAAGGUCUUGUCGACAAUGUACGGACAAACACUAAAUAUUGGUUGCUCUUAGAACAAUUAAAUUCAAUCGAUAAAAAUGAAAAUAGUGAUAAAAUUAAAGAUAUUUUACGUAAUUUUAAUUCAGAUGCAAGUAAUGAUGAUGACAAAUUUAGUCGACCAUCUUUAUUUGCAAAUACAGUUAGUAACAUGCUCAUAUAUCCGGUGAAUGUGUUCACUAUUGAAGGUGCAACUGAUUAUUUAUUACGUAAUAAGUAUGUCAAUUUGUUAGAGAAAUUCCCAUGUGAUGUACAUUUAAUGAGUUUUCGUACAUUACCCGAUCAAAAUUUUGCACAUUUUCCAUCAACUACAGCAUUAAUGGUACUUCAUCGACAAGGACAUGACUGUUCAAUUAGUGUUCCUGAUUUAGCAUGUGAUUCGUAUAUAUUUGAUGGAAACACCCUAGCAAAUCUACGUAUCAAUACAGUAGAGAAGACCUCAUUGACAGGGUUGCACACGGAAUCAUUCAUUACAAAUAUGAGUAACUUGAUAUUGGAUCCAAUGAGUAUAACUACUUUACAAGUUACAUUUAAAAGUGAAAAAUAG